CGUCACUCAGUAGCUCCGCGGUGAGCGUCGCGGCAGCACGGCACGCCGACACCCACUCUGAGACACCCCUGCCGGCCGUCAGAGGUGCGCCGCCAUGCUGAGAACGGUGACCGCCUGGUGCCUGGCCUCGGUGGCCGCCGCCGCCACCGUGGACCUCUACAGAUUCGAGACGGAUGACGCCGUGGUCGUGGAAGCGGCCGAUCUAUACAGCGGAGCGCGCGGGAAGAGGCAGCUGGCAGGGUUCGGCGGCUUCCCGCAGUCGGUGAUCCCCCCGUGGUGGCCCGGCCCGCCGGCCGGGGUCGGCAGUACCUGUGACACGCCCGAUGGCCGGAGCGGCGUGUGCCUGGCGCGCUCCAGCUGCCGGUGGACCCGUGAGUCCUCCGAGGACGACUUCAACAGCCUGGUGAGGACGCUGGGCGCCUGCGUCUCCACCGACUCGUUCUCGCCGCGCGGCGAGCCCAGCGUGCGCGGCGUCUGCUGUCCGGGGCAGGGGGCGGCGUCCGCGCCGGCCACGACCACGGCCCGGCCGCCGGGCGGCACCCAGUGGUGGCAGACCACCUGGAGCCCGCCGCCGUCUGCCACCACCACCACGACCACCCGCCGGCCGGCCACGGUGCCCUGGUGGCAGCAGCAGCAGCCGGCGGCCAGCAGCCAGCGGACAGAGCCGGCCGGCACCACCCUCCACCCGCCGUACAUCACACACGCCUGGCAGGCGACUCGGGGCUCCACCAGCCGGCCGCCGGCGGCACCCACACACCCGUGGCAGAAACCGUCCGGGUCCACCACCGUCCAGAGUCCCACCACCACCGCCUGGUGGGCGACCACCACCACCACGCGUGGUACGACCACCACACGGCGGCCCACAACCACCGCCUGGUGGGCGACCACCGCCACCACCAAGAAACCCACCACCACGGUCUGGUGGGCGACUACGGCCACCACCAAGGGAACCACGACCACCAAACGGCCCACCACCACGGCUUGGUGGGCGACCACGACCAAGAGCACCACCGCGGCGGCGCCACCGGCCUCUGGAGGCGGCGGAGGCGGCGGACCGUACUCGUGUGGCACGCGCGAUCCCGAGGGCUCGGAUCGUAUCGUCGGCGGAAAGCAGGCCGUGCAGGGCGAGUUCCCCUGGCUGGCGGGUAUUUUCAAGAACGGUCGUCAGUUCUGCGGCGGAUCACUGAUUGACGAGAAGCACAUUCUCACGGCAGCUCACUGCGUUGCUCAUAUGAGCUCGUACGACGUCUCCCAGCUACUGAUACGACUCGGCGACUAUGACGUCAGCACGCCGUUCGAGGCCAAACACGAGACGUACAAGGUGGCGCGCAUCGUCCGACACAAGGGCUUCUCCGAGAAAACGCUGCACACGGAUAUCGCUCUGAUCACGCUCAGUAAGCCGGUCAAGUACAAGUCCAACAUCCGUCCGAUAUGCCUGGACAGCGGUGUGUCGCGCGGGGCCGCCGGGCAGACCGUCACCGUGGCAGGAUGGGGCAGUCUGCGAGAGGGCGGCCGACAGGCCUCGAUUAUGCAGAAGGUCAGUCUGAAGGUGUGGGACAACUCAAAGUGCCGUAGCACCUACGGCCCCUCGGCGCCGGGAGGUAUCAUCAGCUCCAUGCUCUGCGCAGGACGGCAGGGCAAGGACUCGUGCAGUGGCGACUCCGGAGGCCCGCUGAUGCAUAUCAGCGGCGUGGUGUACCAGGUGGGCGUCGUCUCGUGGGGUAUCGGCUGCGGCAAGGCUCAGUACCCCGGCGUCUACACAAGAGUCUCCGAGAUGCGCGAUUGGAUCGACCGCAACAAGAGCAGCUACUAGCGGCGCCAGGGGACCGCCACCGGCCGGGCGGCACCGACACAGAGGCUGAAAACUGCAGCGGGAACACAGGCCGGCCUGCACGCGGCAGGCGUCAGCAACUGCCUGUGUGAUCGCCCCGCAGAGGGAGAAAUGCCGUGUGCGACUGAAGAAUUGUCUCAGCUGUGCCGGACCCGGUGGAAUGAGAGAUUAGGAGAGACCCUGCAGGAUUUGUGUCAUCGCAGACCCAGGAGAUAAACUCGCAUUAUUGACGCAUUACUAUAACACGUGAGACGGAAGUUCGUUAUCACAGGUGAUUGUUUUAAAACAUGGGAUAGCUGUAAAUGUGAACACCGCAUUAUUGUAAUUGAGAAGCUGGACUUCAAUGUCGAUACCUUUAAAACACGAGACGAGAGCUUGUGAUUAUUUCCGCAUUAUUUUAAGUCAGGGAAAUAGCUCCAACAGACGGACCCUGUACAAUUAUAUGUGGAUCGUCUGCUUCAUUGGUCGUUUGCCUCAACUAAGCGUGGCCACGGCAGAAAGAUGGUGUCGCGAGCUCUGUGUAGCGAGCCCGGGCCGGUGGCGUCCCAUCUGUGCAGUCGACCGCUGUUGUCCCAGACAGGGGCGGAACGCACAACUCUGAACCGUAUACCCUGGGCAAGAUAGGCUCCAGGGGCAUGGCUCCAAGCAUGCCGUCCACGCCACACAGACUACAGUGAUGGGGAGUCGAGGGAGGGCUCAUUCCAGGGGGCCGAACAGCCCCGUAUGUAUGUGUGCUAUAUGAUGUAGAAGUACACGAACGAACUAUA